AUGGAGAAAGACUUCGGAUAUCCUGCGGCCCACGAUACCCACGUGGUGGCCGGCUCGGUUUCUUCCCUUCCGAAGGGCGGGCUUUGGUCUCGGAUCAAGAGCCACGCGACUUUAGAAGUGGAAGAAAGCACCUACGCGCCGCCGGGCACUUCGUGGAGCAAUAAGGAUCUUGAUCCAAUACCCCCGGAGCUCCAAACGUGGAGAACGUAUAACUUCGUGACCUACUGGAUUUCCGAUGCCUUCAGCAUUUCCAAUUGGCGCAUUGGCGCAUCGCUCAUUGCGAUUGGCUUAUCGUGGAAGUUGGCCUUGUUAGCAGUCGUCAUUGGAAAUUUCGUGACGGCGUUGGUGGUCACUUACAACGGUCUCAUCGGGGCCCGGCUGCAUAUCCCGUUUACGGUCCAAGCACGAUCGGCGUUCGGCUUUUACUUCUCAUACGUAAUGGUCGUAUUUCGAGUCGUCGUCAGUAUAUUCUGGUACGGUAUCGGCACAUACACGGGCGCUGAGUGUAUUCGGUCGAUCAUUUACGCCUGGGCGCCCAAUUUCCGCAACAUCCCGAACCAGCUGCCCGAAUCUGCAAACAUUGAUACAGGUUUCAUGAUAUGCUACUUUAUUUACUUCAUCCUGGUUUUGCCGUUCCACUGGAUACCGGCCCACCAACUUCAUUGGUUCUUUACUUUCAAGGCUGUGGUCACUCCCAUCGCUGGAUUCGCAAUCCUCGGGUGGGUGAUACACAGCACUGGAGGCGGCGACCAGGUCUUCGCCUAUGGAAACUCCUAUUCUGGAUCGCAGCUAGGAUGGGCAUUCAUGUCUGGAGUAAAUGCGAUGAUCGGUAACUUCGCCACCCUGGGUGUCAAUAUGAACGACUUUGCUCGGUACUCGAAGAAGCCGAACAGCCCUUACGUUCAACUGAUAGUUGUUCCGACUGUCUUUAUUAUCAUGAUGCUGUUUGGAAUCAUCGGGGCUAAUGGAUCUCGAAUACUAUACGGCGAGGUGCUCUGGGACCCGAUGCUGAUCAUCGACAACUGGACGUCGCCCGGCGGGCGAGCAGCGGCAUUCUUCAUUGCCCUGGCUUUCUUAAUCGCUAGUAUUGGGAUCAACAUCUCUGCCAACAGUAUCUCUGUGGCUGUUGAUCUCACAACCCUCUUUCCCAGAUAUCUCAAUCUGCGCAGGGCGCAAUAUGUAUGCGCCGUUCUCGGGGCGUGGGCAAUGUGCCCCUGGGAGAUUCUUGCUUCGGCCGAGUCUCUGCUGACAUUCAUGGACGGGUACUCGAUAUGGUUGGCGCCCAUGUCCGGCAUACUUAUCUCGGAUUACUGGAUUGUUAACAAACAAAGAGCAAGUAUCCCAGACAUGUAUCGUCCGGACGGCAUCUAUGCGUACGAGAAAUGGGGGACCAACUGGCGAGCCGUAGUUGCCUUCGUCGUUGCCUUUGCACCUCUCCUCCCGGGAUUCGCGAAGGCGGUAACUCCUUCUGUGAAUGUGACUGAAGGGUCCUCUCAUAUUUAUGCCCUCGGAUAUUUCUACGCAUUUCUCAGCAGUUCUGCAUUGUAUAUUGCUUUGAGCAAGAUCUGGCCACCGAAGAGUGAACACUCCGGAAGGCCGAUCGCUGAACAUCUGGCAGAGGAUAGAGCUCAGGUCUGA